AUGAAUGAAAAUAUAUUAUAAAAACAUUAAAAAUAAAAGAAAUGCUUGCCAGGUAGGGAAAAGGAGAAUCAUUAAAGAGAGUAGAGGAGAGGGCACAUGCUCAGUUGGUCUAGUGAUGGAAUUCCAGCUGGGUGCAGAUUAGAGUAGGAAAGGAGGUGUACGAUAGGCGCUUGAGGAAUGUUUUCUGACAAUGAACGGAGGACUGAAUGAUGUCUUUUAUUCGCAGAGGAUGGCCAGUGACGAUUACAACUUGACCGACAGCUACUAUGACUACGAAGGUGAUGGGUUUGUCGUAGCCCCUGAAGAGUCGACCCCCAACGAUGCUGGGGUGGCCCGAAUCUGCUUGGUGGUGAUCUACAGCUUAGUCUGCUUCCUGGGACUCUUGGGGAACGGCCUGGUCAUUGUCAUCACUGCCUUAAAGAUGAAAAGAACCGUCAACACCGUCUGGUUCCUCAACCUAGCGGUGGCCGACUUCUUGUUCAACGUCUUCCUCCCGAUUCACAUCGUCAACACUGCCAUGGACUACCACUGGGUUUUCGGGAAGGCCAUGUGCAAGAUCAGCCACUUCGUGGUGGUCUACAACAUGUACACCAGCGUCUUCCUGCUCACCACCAUCAGCUUGGACCGCUGCGUCUCCGUCGUCUUCCCCGUGUGGUCCCAGAACCAUCGCAGCAUCCGGCUGGCCUCCCUGGCGUGUGCGGCCAUCUGGACGUCGGCCUUCUUCUUGGGUUCCCCCUCCCUGAUCUUCCGGGACACGACGAUGCAACAGGGCAAAACCGUCUGUUUCAACAACUUCAGCCUGCUGGCCACCGUCUCCCAUGCCCGCCACUCGCAUCCGGCGCAGGACUCGGUCUCGCACACGAGGCACGUCCUGGUGACCGUCACCCGGUUCCUCUGCGGCUUUUUCCUCCCCGUGUUCGUCAUCACCGUGUGCUACCUCAUCAUCGUCUGCAAGCUGAAGCGGAACCGGCUGGCCAAAUCCAAGAAGCCCUUCAAGAUCAUCGUGACCAUCAUCGUCACCUUUUUCCUCUGCUGGUGUCCUUACCAUACCCUGUACCUGCUGGAGCUCCACCACACCUCUGUGCCCAGCUCUGUGUUCAGUCUGGGGCUGCCCUUGGCCACAGCGCUGGCCAUCUCCAACAGCUGCAUGAACCCCAUUUUGUACGUCUUCAUGGGCCAGGAUUUCAAGAAGUUCAAGGUGACCAUCUUCUCCCGGCUGGUCAAUGCCUUGAGCGAGGACACGACGGCUCACUCUUCCUACAUGAGUCACAGGAGUAUCACGAAGAUGUCCUCCGUGAACGAACGGUCUUCCAUGAACGAGAGGGAGACUGGCAUGCUCUGAGGCUCUCCUCGGGACCUCCCCCCACCCCACAUCCACAGAGACUUGCACCUCCUUUUGGCUUUGGCUCAACCUGGAAACUUCCAAAAGACCUGAAGCCAGGACAAGAAUAUAUUUGACGACCGUAUUUCCACCAAGGUCGGGGAGUCACCUUUAACGGGUGGCUUAUUAAAAUUGGUGAGAGGGGUUCAAAUCCAGCCUCAGACACUUCCCAGCUGUGUGACCCUGGGCAAGUCACUUGACCCCCAUUGUCCACCCU